CGAUCGCAAGACGUCAUCAACCCGGUACUUGCCAACAUGGAAGGUGGAGACAGCACAGUCUCGGUGGCAGGCCGUGGGGCUUCGGGUUCCGCAGCAGUGGCGGCGACCGUGCAGGAGCUCUUGCAGGACGACUGCUACAGUGAAUUUUUGAGUGAAGACUUUGAUGUAAAAACGUACACUUCACAAUCUAUUCAUCAAGCUGUAAUUGCUGAGCAACUGGCAAAGCUUGCCCAAGGGAUCAGUCAGCUGGAUAAAGAGCUACACCUACAGGUUGUUGCAAGACAUGAAGAUUUACUGGCACAAGCAACUGGGAUUGAAUCUUUGGAAGGUGUUCUUCAGAUGAUGCAGACGAGAAUUGGAGCUUUACAGGGUGCUGUUGAUAGGAUGAAAUCAAAAAUUGUUGAGCCAUACAAUAAAAUAGUAGCCCGUACUGCACAGCUGGCAAGGCUUCAGGUUGCCUGUGAUUUGCUUCGGAGAAUAAUUCGCAUCUUAUAUCUCAGUAAGAGACUCCAGGGACAACUGCAAGGAGGAAGUAGGGAGAUAACAAAAGCUGCUCAGAGUCUCAAUGAACUUGAUUAUCUUUCGCAAGGAAUAGAUCUUUCUGGAAUAGAAGUAAUAGAGAAUGAUUUACUCUUUAUUGCAAGAGCUCGACUUGAAGUAGAAAAUCAAGCUAAGCGUCUGCUGGAGCAAGGUGUGGAGACCCAGAAUCCAACUCAGGUUGGAACAGCUCUUCAGGUUUUCCACAAUCUGGGGACUUUGAAGGAUACUGUUACCAAUGUUGUGGAUGGCUAUUGUGCUGCCUUGGAAGACAGUAUCAACAAUGCAUUGGACGUCAAAGUUUUGACUCAGCCUUCCCAGUCAGCUGCGAGAGGAGGUCCCGGGCGAGCCACCAUGCCAACUCCAGGAAACACGGCAGCUUUUCGAGCGUCCCUCUGGACCAACAUGGAAAAACUUAUGGAUCAUAUCUGUGCUGCUUGUGGACAAGUACAACAUCUACAAAAAGUAUUAACCAAGAAGAGAGACCCUGUUUCUCACAUUUGUUUCAUUGAAGAAAUAGUUAAGGAUGGACAGCCUGAAAUUUUAUACAUGUUUUGGAAUGCAGUCACUCUGGCACUCUCCUCUCACUUUCAUGCAGCGACAGACUCUUCUAUGUUUUUGAAGCAAGCAUUUGAAGGUGAAUACCCUAAACUAUUACGUCUCUAUAAUGACUUAUGGAAGCGUCUUCAGCAGUACAGCCAGAAUAGCCAAGGAGCUUUCGGUACACGUGGGACAGCCGACCUCUAUGCUGACCUCCCUGACGUGGACGACGAUGCACAAGACAUGUCCACACUGAAGAGGCCGGAUUAUGAUCCAGAAAAGGCGUUGAAAGAUUCCCUGCAACCUUAUGAGGCUGCUUACCUCUCAAAAUCCCUGUCUCGACUCUUCGAUCCCAUCAACUUGGUUUUUCCUCCUGGUGGACGUAACCCUCCUUCCUCUGAUGAGCUUGAUGGGAUCAUUAAAACUAUAGCAAGUGAACUCAAUGUAGCUGCUGUUGAUGCAAACCUCACAUUAGCUGUGUCAAAAAAUGUGGCGAAGACCAUCCAGUUAUAUGCUGUGAAAUCAGAGCAGCUGCUCUCUACUCAAGGAGAUGCAAGCCAGGUGAUUGGGCCUCUCACUGAAGGACAGAAGAGAAAUGUGGGUGUGGUGAACUCCCUGUUUAAGCUGCACCAGUCAGUAACAAAGGUGGUUGCCAGUCAGAGCUCAUUCUCAGCAGCAGCUGAGCAAACUAUAAUGUCAGCCCUAAAGACAAUUCAUGAUCUUAUGGGAAAUGCCAUCCAGCCCUUGCUGACGUCCGUGGCAGAUGCAAUCGAGGCCAUCAUCAUCACCGUGCAUCAGGAAGAUUUUUCUGGGUCCUUAACUAGCUCAGGAAAGCCGGAUGUUCCUUGUUCCCUGUACAUGAAAGAGCUACAAGGCUUCAUUGCCAGAGUUAUGAAUGACUACUUCAAGCACUUUGAAUGCUUGGAUUUUGUUUUUGACAACACUGAAGCUAUUGCCCAAAGAGCCAUUGAACUUUUUAUCCGCAAUGCCAGUCUCAUAAGACCCCUUGGUGAAGGUGGGAAACUGCGACUUGCUGCCGAUUUUGCACAGAUGGAGCUGGCUGUGGGCCCACUUUGCAGACGAGUGUCGGAUUUGGGAAAGUCCUACCGGAUGCUGAGAUCAUUCAGACCCCUGCUCUUCCAGACAAGCGAACAUGUGGCAGACAGCCCGGCAGUGGGAGACAUUAUCCCAUUCAGCAUUAUCAUUCAGUUUCUGUUCACUAGAGCACCGGCGGAGCUGAAAUCCCCCUUCCAGAGGGCAGAAUGGUCCCAUGCACGCUUCUCCCAGUGGCUGGAUGAUCACCCAUCUGAAAAGGACAGGCUCCUCCUUCUCAGAAUCUUGGUGGAACAUGACAGUAUUUACAGUUGUUCUGAAACAUCCAAAACUGCCAGACAAUCAGCCUUCUCCAAAGGACACCUAGACAGAGUCAGCAGCAAGAGGCAUUCAACAUCCAAGUGUUGUGCACAGGUACUCAACUGCCCGGGAGAAUAAAAGCUUUACCCCCGUGCUAUGCACCAGGUAAGAAAGACUGUCUUUGCCUUAGAGUUUAUGUCUAAAGACUUCUUUAAAGUACACGUUAGGUCAGAUUUGUACAACACAUGAAAUAAUGGAUUAAAUCCAAAAGGGUAGGAAAGGACACAUCACUGUGCAAACUUGAAACUUUCCUAGUCAUUCAGAUACCAAAAUUAUUAACAUACAUUAUUAAUACACGUUCAGAAUAUACAGACAGAAAUCACUUUCCUUCCACUUGUCCUUAGCAGAGACAUGGUGCCACACACCAGACUCCUGAGAUAACUGCAAUCUCUGUACUUACUGAUAAAGGUGUGGGACACAGUGGCCACAACUAACGUGCAUUACGUGUAUCUGUCUUGUGACGCCCAACACAUCAAAGCACCUGAAUGUGCUGUAUUUUAUUAAAAACAACUUACAUAGGUUUCUGGUUUAAGACCAUGUACAAUGGCUGACAUAGCUGCCAUAUGAAGCACAGGAAACAGACACAUACCAGUCUCAGCCCCCAGAGUUAGGAUGUUUUGCAUGGGAUGCUGAUGUGUGCUUGAUGUUUUCUUAGGUUAAACAUGGUGGACAGUGUGAGGUGCACUAUGAUAAAGUCUAAAGUCCAUACUCCUUCCCCUCACAAGUUCCAAACUGACUAAUGUAUACGCCAACUAGCCUAACAGCUCACUAAGUGUGCAUUCUGCCCCAACCGAGAACUUCCUUAUGCAUGGAACAAAGAGCUACAUCUGUAUUAGGAAAACAAUUUCCAAAUCCAAAACCUUUUUUUUUUAGUGAAUUUAGAAAAGGGUCCAUUUGACAUCAUUUCCUGUUAGAUGACUAACGUGUCACUCACUAGAAACAAUACAAAUGCACAGGACAGUUAAGAAUUCUGAGUCAUGGGCUGGAGAGAUGGCUCAGUGGUUAAGAGCACUGACUGCUCUUCCAGAGGUCCCGAGAAGCAACCACAUGGGAUCCGAUGCCCUCUUCUGCUGUUUCUGAAGACAGUUACAGUGUACUCAUGCAUAAGAUAAAUGAAUAAAUCUUUUAAAAAAAACAAAAAGGGGUUGGGGAUUUAGCUCAGUGGUAGAGCGCUUGCCUAGGAAGCGCAAGGCCCUGGGUUCGGUCCCCAGCUCUGAAAAAAAGAACCAAAAAAAAAAAAAAAAAAAGAAUUCUGAGUCAUAUGGAGCUAUCUUUGAUAAGUAGAUCCUAAAACAGAGAAACAAUUAAGUGGAAACGAGGCAUCUACUUCUAGGAGAGUCCUGUCCUCCAAAAUUAAAGUAAAUCCAGAGUCCUAUUGGCACUCCAGUGUUUAGAAUGUCUUUUUUAAAAAAAAAAAAAAAAAAAACAAACAUGAAUCAAGAUUUUUUUUAAAAGAUUUAUUAGUUUGUGUAUGUAGCACACUGUAGCUGUCCUCAGACACUCUAGAAGAGGGCAUCAGAUCCCAUUACAGAUGGCUGUGAGCCACCAUGUGGUUGCUGGGAAUUGAACUUAGGACCUCUGGAAGAGCAGUGAGUGCUCUUAACCGCUGAGCCAUCUCUCCAGCCCUAGAAAGUCUUUUUAAUGAGUACCAUUUCUAGAUGUCAGAGGACAUAUUUAAUAAACAAAUACCAGACAGGUGUGAAAAGAGAAACACAUGCCACAUCUGCCAGGAAGUCUCCAAGUCACCACCACCUGAAGUGGGGUGAGGGGUUGUGGGCUUAAGUCAUUCUUAAAAUGCUUUUAAAUUUUAGAAGUAUGUCUUCUGCUAAACUAUAAUACCUUCCUGACCAGAGACUACUAUUCUAAUGCAAAUUAAAAAAGAGAAAAAUUACAGGUCUCACUGUUGAGCCCAGGCUACUCUCAAUUCCAGUUCUAAAGAAAUAACCAAGUACUAGGACACGGCCAUUCUGUACAAAUACAUUGACUUUUAAAGAUGCACUUGGGAUGCAAAGCUUCUUUCUAAACUGUAGGAUGGUAUUUAGAAUUUUAUUCUUCAAGGGGCUACAGAGAUGGCGCAGCAGUUAAGAGCACGGACUGCUCUGCUCUUCCAAAGCACCUGAGUUCAUAUUCUGGUACCCACAUAGUAGCUCACACUGUCUGGUUCGCCAAGAUCUGACACCCUACGUGGACAAACAUGCAGGCAAGGCACCAAUGCACAGAAAAGCAAGUUUAAAAAAAAUUACCUUCUUUAAGAUAUUACAACCUGAACUGAAAAUUCAGUUAUUGUAUAGCAUUCUUACGUGUGAGCCCAAGGACAAAUGAAAUGGUAAUUUUGAUUCUCAGAAAAUUAUUAAGAUUGCAAGAAGGUACCUUUAGCACGUGAAGUGGAAGACUGAACUCAGUAACAGAGGCUGAAAUAGGUAAGGGCUACAGCAACAGGACUGACGUUCUACUGGCUAAGUUUUGACAAAUCUUAUAUAAACUGCAAUGCCCCACAGUGAGGCUCAUAUACAAAAUGUACCAAAUCUGACCCAAGAAAUGUACCUAUCUUCUAUCAGGUAAAUUAAACUUACUGUUUUCAAAAGGAGCCUCUUUUCACUAAGGAACUCUGUAUAAUCUAUGUAUUAUAAAAGCAAUAUAUAAAAAGUCAAUGUAAAAAAAAAAAUGGAAAGAAAUCACCCACAGCUACUGAAGAGAUUUCUUUUUGUAAGGACAAGUCAGGAAUUGUAGGCAUUACUAUUUACCUGUUAUCUUUCCCUGGAUACAUCUGAGUAUAUUCAACUCUGUAUUUUUUGGCAAAAAGCAUGAAGGCAUUCAUUGGUCUUUUGCACUUAUUAGGAGAAGUGGCACUCACAGUCCCUGAGCUGUGGCUUUUGACAGCUUUAGUGUAUAAAGAACUAGAGGAGAGCUGUGAUGAUCCUGGUGAACCACAGCUUUUACUGAAUUCAGAUCCUGCAAACUCUUGACCAGUACCAGGUCCUCCACAAGACAAAGAUGCGCGGCGCUGGCGAGCCAUACUACUCAAAACGUAGACUGCGGAAGAGUCCAUAGGUGUGAAGUCAUAGCUAGAAAAUUAACAGGCAAAGUUAUAUUGCAGCCAUAAAGUAUCUAAAACAGACAUUUAAAAGCCUAUCACAUGAUUGAAAAUGUCCCUGCCUCUUACCUGACACACCAUUACCAGCACUACUCUAACAGCUUCUCCACUACACUUAGAAGGAAGCCUCAUCUUUGUAACUGAAAACAUUCUUUUAAAAAGCUAACCUGCAAGCCCCGCAAAAGGAGUCAUAACCAGCUGACUCCUACAGACCAUACACUCUUCCCUCUUCUAGAGUCACAAUGACAAGAGCCAGCUAGAAGAGGGCAGCAGCCAUUCAGCCCAGGACUCCUAGCAUUUAGGACGCUCAGGCAGAUGGAUCUCUACACAGAGCAACACAGAAGGUUGAAGGCCAACUUAGGCUAAGAUAAGACCUUGUUUCCAAAAGUGGCUGUUGAAUGUGCUAACUUAAAACACAGCAAUUUGAGAAUUUGUAUAGAUACAAAAGCUGUAAUAUGUAAAAAUCCACCUCUGUACAGUUAGUAUCUGAACGCACCCACAUCAGUAAAGGCCACAUCCUGUUAUACAAGUUCAAUUUGCAUAAGCACCAAAGCACCAAACAAACUAGGCAUAGUCCUGUUCUUCAACAAGUCUGGAGUUGGGGGGUCCAUUGACCCCUUUAAGAAACAGGACAGCCAAAAUAUACAGUGCUGUUCAUCCAGACAGUGAGUGCCUGGAUCCAGAGCCAUUUCCUCACCCACAUCCCAGUACCUUCUUAAUCCCAAUGGACAAACUCAAAAGUAAUCAAGCAUAAUCACCAUAUUAAUUAAAAUAUUAGCUGAAAACCAUAACUAAUACAGGCCAUGUCCUAAAGAUGCACCCCAAAAGAAUCCUUCUGACUGUAUUUUCUUCUCAACACAAAACAUCUUACUUGGCUUUUAUUCUAAACUUUCUCUAAAACAGAAAUUCUGGUAUAACAUCAAAAUAGAAAUAAUGUGAAACAGGAGAUCAGAAAGUCUCUGAAAACUCAGAUGCUGAAUGAACACAGCAGGUCCCACCAUUAACUGCUCACAGUGAAAGUGAUUCCUGCUGCUUAUCAGCUUCAUGCUGUCGUCUCUAAAGGUAUCAGAUGACAUAGUUCUAAGUUGUCACAUGAUCAAUGCUUAGAACUGAUAUGUCCUGGGGCUGAGAGACGGCUCAGUGGAUAAGAGUACUGACUGCUCGUCUAGAGGUCCUGAGUUCAAAUCCCAGCAACCACACGGUGGCUCACAGCCUUCUUCUGAUGCCCUCUUCUGGUGUCUGAAGGCAGCUACAGUGUACUUAUAUAUAAUAAAUAAAUAAAUCUUAAAAAACAAAACAAACAAACAAACAAACAAAAAAACUGGUAUGUCCUUAAACUUUCUAAGCUAACGAUAAGCUUAAGAUAAGCCCGAAAUCUAGUAAAAUACCAAUAGACUUUAGUAAACUAGUUACUAAAAUUUGAAAAUUCCACCAUCUAGUGGCAGAAAUCUGUCAUCUACUUCUUUGAAGAUACAAAUUAAUGUGGUUUCACAAACUCAGUACCUGUACCCAGGCCUAAGGAGCUAAAGCAGUGACUCUAUCCGUAGAUAGCUUAAAUGUCUUGCUGUGCCCUCUCUGUAAGCACCUGCUCUCACCAUGGGACCACCUUUAUCCUAGUCCUGCUGGUCCUUAAACACCGUCCAUGUGUAUGUUCUCCUCUGAAGAUUUAGUUACUACUCCUAACUGUGUCUGGCAGGUCCACACAGAUCCUAGGGAGGCCAGAGGCCAUCGGGCUGCACUUACACAGUUGUGAGCUGCCCAAUAUGGGUGCUUAGAACAGAACCUGGGUCCUCUGAAGCGCUCUCAUCCCUGAGCUAUCUUCUACCUGCUUCAUCAUUACUCUUAAAAGCAGGCUCUACAGUAACGUAGAGCCUAUUCAUCAAGUCACAUGUAUUAACUCAUUUUAGUCUUUUUAAAUUAAUCACUAUCUAAAACACUCUUUGUUUUAAAAGUUAAAAAAAAAAAAAAAACUAUAGAAAAGCUAAUUUACUCUACCUAAGCUUCACAGCUGCCCUUAGUGCAGUCAGCUAUGUGCAGGCAGGCAGCCCUGCUCUGGAGCUCAUGCUCCUACCAGGCCCAGGGCUUGUUGAUCAGCAAACAGACAGACCAAAAGUAUUUAAAUUACAUCGAUUAACCCUACAGAGUAUGUGACAAGAUACAAUUUUUACACCUCUCCACUCAUGAGUAAACUAACUAGUGCAGAAGAGGGGUCCUGCUGCCACAGCCCAGCUACUCCACAGUCCACGACACUAAGGGCCAAGGUCCUCCGGAUGGGUUAGCCUGCACCCACUUAGUGACAGCAACACUAAGAAUCGGAAAUGAGAGCUUGUUAUCUUAGAAAAACAAUUUCCCCUUUUCCCUUUAAAUAAAAAUAAAGUUUUAUCCAAUGACAUAAACUGCACUUAUGUCUCAUGAGUCUGCCUAGUAAAAUCUAGCUUAGCAAUACUGAUAUGGCCUGGGAACAAUUCAGUUACGAAGUUAUUUACAUAAUUUUAUACUCAUUUACAAGAAUUUACUUCUUAAGCCAACAAGACGGCUGAGUGGGUAAAGAAGACUUUCUCAGUUGCUCUCUACUGUCUCUCAACCGGACUAGCUACCAGCUUGCUUCUCAGGGCCCUUGCUCCCACUGCUGGAAUCACAGGCAGGCUAGUACACCCACCUCGAAAUCGAAGGGUUCUGGGGAUGCGCAAUCUCAGAUUGCAAGUGGGCCAAUUCUCCAAUCCCUUUUAAAUUCUUCCACCCUUUAAACGUUAUGACUCAGAAAUCACUAAGGAAUAAACAUUAAUAGGAAAGAAAUGCAUCCUUACCUUUUAAAUGUAUCAAAAACACCUGAAUCAUCGAAAUUAAUGGCAUCAGGGUGUCCAGGAGGUAGACAUACGUCACCAAUAUGAAUCUCACAGCAUGGAAUGCCGUGCUGUACCACAGUCAAGCUUGGAUAAAAUGAUGACCAGCCUAGAGUGAGACCACAGAUAAAGGUGAGCAUGACACAAAGCGCCUUUAGAAAAGAACAAGUCUACUUAAGUCUGACACAUCAAGUCUCUCACUUUCAAAUAAAACCAUUACUAACUAAACUAAGCACUCUAUUUCAAAAGUCCCCACAACUAGUUUAAUUUGGUAUUUAUAAACCUCUAUCAGAUAAUAACCACUUUAAACGUCUGCAAACACAAUUAAGUAGUAAACUGUGAGUCACUAAAUUAUGGCUAACACAGCAUUCCGUGAUAAAGCUCUAAGAGCAACUCUGGUUUCAGAGCCUACUCGGUAAAUAUAAACAAAACAUGACUACCCAGUCCACCACUCCGCACCUUAUGCCUGAGAGGUUACAGUAUGCUGCAGAAAUGACAUCUCAUACACGCGGGCCAAGACACUUAAACAAGUAUGAUUAGAAACAUCUACUGAAUUUUAUUUAGUUUGAAAUAAAUUCUCAGUAUUUUUCUUAACAAAAUUAAUAAGUUUUCUUUAAAGUUCUUAUAAACUCAGGGCCAAAGAUGGCUCAGCAGUUAAGAGCACUGGCUAGUCUUCAAGAAAUCUGGGGUUCAGUUGGCAGUUCACGGCCAGUUGUUAACUUAAGUACCAAAGGAUCUGAUAUCCAUGCAGGCAAAACAUGCACACACAUGAAAAUAACAGUAAAGUUUGUAUAAAUUCAAUUGAAGCCCUACCUUUAUUUUUAACAUAGAAAGGGUGGUCCAGCUUGCACUCCACAGUAAGCAAGCCAUCUUCUACUGUACCAGGAUCAAAUGUCAACUUCAGUACAGACUCACCGAAUGACACACUCUCUUCAUGGGAUAACAACUUUAGACCAUCAGACCCAUAGCCCUGAAAGCAUAUGCGUGGACUAAAUAAACUGGAAAUGUUCAAUUCAACACACAGUGAAACUCCCAAUAUGUCUUGAUUAGAAAAGGUAAAUUUAGUCAGUAUCUCCAGCUUUAAAGUACUUUCAACCAAGUAGUAAAGAAACACACACAUAAAUGACCACAGAAUAUAUGUCAGACCGGAAUAUGCAUUUUAACCCAAACAUAAGUAAUAUGAGAUUUAAUAAACAAAGACUAAUUCUAAGAUAGACUAAGGAGACACCCUCUGUCUUCCCUUAGUUUGCACAGCAGCAGUACCCUAGUUCUGUCCUUUGCCGAUUGCUGGCAGUGUGAUGUCUUCCUCCUCACAGCCCUAGUGACUGGAGCACUAUUUGUCUUUAAAGCCACUUAGUUUUCUAGAAUAAGAGCGUUUAAAGCAUGAAACUGCACAUAACACCAACCACCCAUCUUAGAAGCAUAACUGGGAAGUGAUACAGUCAUGGUUCUAUCCACCUCACUAGGCAGUGAGUGUUCACACAGAGUGCAAGGUCCACUUAAACAGGAAUCCAAGUAGAGGGUUCCUCUAGAUUAACCGUAAGGUUGAUCAGUGUGAAAUUCUUAGAAGGAUUUUAAAUGAACCUUGUGAGUGCCCAUUUGGAUCUCCUCCUCAUCACAGCUGGCGGCUCUAGCAAAGUCUUCAACAUCUUGCCACUCCUUUUUGCUUUCCUUAUGGAAGCACAGUCGUGUGCCUGAAGUGGAAUUAGAAAGAAGGGUCAGCCAACAUGCUCAGUGUGCUACCCAAGGCAGCUGCAAAACACAAGUCUUCCUUCACCUUUGAGAAAGCAAUGCCAAACGGUUGAUGGCCAGGAAUUGCACCAGCCCAGAUCAUCAUCAUCUGACAGGGAGGACAUGCAGAAAAUUCCUGACUCUGACUCACUGUUUGCCUGUAGAGAGAAAACAGAAACUUCUGUUUUGUUAUUUUUUUUUAAAGAUCUUUUAAUACCUCUUCUAAACUCAAGCUUUCAAAUGUUACUUAAUUGUAAGCUUAAGGAAAGUAAGCUUUCAAUACUGAAGGAUGUUUUGAAGUUUUAAAUACUGUCAUUUCCUAAAAAUAGAAAUACAGAAUCAAACACGUACAAUUAAUAAACAAUGAAAUAUUUUGUCCAUCUGUAUGUUCUUCAAAAGAAUUUCUUAGAUGGGGGAAAGAUAAUGUUUUCAACCAUUAUAUAAACUUUGUAGAAGCCUGACUUCAUGAAUAAACUCACCCUUUCAUGUCUUA